GAGCACGCCGUGCACGGUUGCCACAGAAACUAGCAGAGAACCUCCGGCCCUGGCACGGUAGGCUGCCACAGGGGCGGGGCAGCUCACCGCUUCCGCCACAAAAAGGACCCGUGAUGCAGGCGCUGGGCCUGGGCCGCGGGUGCAUCCCCCUCCAUGUCUGCCGCUGCCGCCGCACCGCCGCUUCUCCCUCUGCUCCGGCUCCACCCCGCCCCCGCAACGCUACAAGGCUAAGCACCCGCAUCGCCGCCGUGCGCGCCAGCGCCGCCCAGCCCGCGCAGAUGGAACGCGCGCACGCGGAGGAGCCGGCGAGGGUGGUGAAGCUGCGGGCGGUGGAGGCCACGCCCGAGUCCUUCGCGCCGUUCGGACAGGUCAUCGCCGCCUCCCCCGACGGCGACGAGUUCAGCCCGCACGAUGCGCAGCUCGACCUCAGCCGCGGCGUCCCUAGGUUCUACAUCAUGCGAUUGCAGGACCGGCCGCUGAAGUUCUCGACCAUCACACACCACGCCAGCGUGACCCAGUGCCUGGGCUCCAUCGGUGGCCAGGACUGGUACCUCGGAGUGGCCAAGCCAUCGAUCGUGGAUGGGCCGUCUGACCAGAGUGGUCAGGAGGGGAGGAAACCAUUGCAGUCUCCCGCAGGUCACUGCUAUCUGCCUCCCGAUCCAGCCGAGGUCUGCGUCUUCCGGGUUUCCGGCCCCAAGUUCCUCAAGCUGAACAGGGGGACUUGGCAUGCCGGGCCUCUGUUCAAGGCGGAUGCAGUGGAUUUCUAUAAUCUGGAGCUGAGCAACACCAACGUCGUUGAUCGCACUACUCACCAUUUAAAGAAACAUGAUGGGAUAAUCUUCGUGGUCGAGGACUGAGACAUUCUGCAAUAUGCGUGGACGUUGUUGAGCAGCAGAUACGAGUUUACAAGACCGCCUGCUGAUCUUCUCCGAGUUUGUAUGAACCCCCAGUUUACUUUACAAGAUAGCGCACUGAUCUUCUCCGAGUCUGUAAUAAGCAGCCAACAUGCAAAUGUUAUGUCGAAAUGCACGGCUGAGGUGCUUGUCCCGUUGUCCGAACCUGCGCCUUCUGUUUCUGUCAGCACCGAAAUGAAAGGCAAAAACUCCCACUUCCGCUUUAUAGAUGUAUGGAACUGAGACAUCUUUGAAAUGAUUACUACCCCCCAA